AUGAAUAUCAAAUACAAACCUUUAUAGGGUUGGCAACAAUACUCUAUUUCUAAUUAUCCUACUAAUCAACUCAAACUUUUAAGUGAAUCACUCAACUAUACUAACACCUUUCCUAAUCAAAAUCAUAUUAAAUUACACUAAUCUGUAUCACCUAAAAAACAUCCAAUUUAACAAUGUUACCUUUAAAAAUCCAUCAUCAUUGAUCAAAACAAUAUACUUUCCUAAAAAUAACAUUACUUAUAAAGUAAUUUUAUCAAAAAAGUAUAAUUCUCUCCCAAAAAACAAAUAAAACACAGCUACAUUGGACCUCUAUUAUAAGAAAUUAAAAUCUAUCAGAAAAAUAAGUAAAUUGGUAAAAACGAUUCAAUUAUCAAAUAAUUAACGAAAUGA